AUGCGCUCGCUCGUCGCCGCCGCGGCCGCGGCCGCCGCGUGCUCGAGCUCCCACGCGCUCGAGGGCCCGCGGCACCUCCUCGCGCGGAGCCGCGGCGUCUCGCGCCGCGGCGUCGCGCUCCGCUGGGCGCCGGCCGUGCGCCGGCGCGGCGGCAGCCUCGAGGAGGACGAGGACGAGGACGAGUCCGACGACGAGGACGAGGACGACUUCGAGGACGACGACGACGAGAUCGACGAGUCGGUCUUCGACGAGGAUGUCGAAAUCUCCGAUGCCGACUUCGACGGGGACACCUUCAAGAGUCGGACGCUCAAGUCGUGGGCGGAGACGCCGCCGAUGACGCAGGCCUACGUCGGCGCGUCCCUCGCGCUCACCUGCGGCUCCUUCCUGGCCUUCAACAACCAGUGGCCCGAGUGGCUCCACCUCAACUGGGGCGCCGUCUUCAAGCGCGCGCAGGUCUGGCGGCCCCUCACCGCCUUUCUCUUCUACGGCCCCUUCGGCCUCUCGUACCUGCUGACGAUCCACUUCGUGUGGACGUACAUGGGCACGUUGGAGAAGCUGUCGCACACGGAGCCGUGGGAGUUCCUCGUCAUGAUGGCCUUCGGCGCGGGCUCGCUGCUUUUGGGCGUGGGCCUCGGCGGCAUGAAGACGCACUUCCUCGGGCACAACCUCUCGUGCUUCCUCGUCUACAUCUGGGCGCGGACCUACGAGGGCCAGGAGGUCUCCGUGAUGGAGUUCUUCAACAUCAAGGCGGAGCUGCUGCCGUGGUUCUUCGCGGCGCAGACCUACCUCCUCGAGCACGAGCUGCCGAUCCACGACCUGCUGGGCAUCGCCAUCGGCCACCUCUACACCGUCGCGCGGCAGCGCAAGAUCCUCGGCGCGCCCAAGCCGCUCCAGGACCUGUUCACGAGCAACCCGGCGCUCAUGGCGAGAUACGAGGCCAUGGCGGAGGAGUUCGGAUGAAAGUGUGAGUAAAGGAACAGUGAAGUGUGC